GCCAGACAUGCCCGACUCAGCACGCAAUGUCGUCCAGCCAGACACCGCCCUCCACAUCCGUGUCACAAACCACGGCAAAAUUCAGACUUGCGUCCAGUUCGCGCUCGCGUCUCUCGAGGAACACCCAGACAGACCUGUGACCUUCCACACGAUGCCUGCGGCCAAAGGCAAGGCGGUCGACCGUUCUGAAGCCAACAAUUCAGUCGCCCCAACGAAAGACCAACCUGGCGGAUCGGGGGCCGCAGUCAGCAAGAGACCACAUAACCACACAUCAAUGACAACGAUUCCUCGCCUCAUCAGCGUCGUAGAGAUCGUCAAAAGAGAGCACCUGAAGACCCUCGAUCCUGCGUUGUCUCAAGCGGGGAAACUUUCAGGUCUUCACCAAUAUAAUGAAAUCGGCGAACUAGAGCCAGAGGAGCCGGAAGAUGCUCUGAGUCCUGAAGAGGAGAGGCAACGGGCCAUUACUCUCGCAUUGUCCAGCAAGCGCCAUCUCAGGCAGCACAAGGUUGCCUACAUGAAGGUCACCCUGUCUCGUAAAGAACUGCCCGACUUGGUGCCCACCGGCGCGACAUACCAGCAGCCGGAGAUCCGUGCACUAUCCAAGUCUGCCAGAACACGUCUCAAACGAAAGCUGAAGAAGUCUGACGCGGCUACCUGACGCGGCUGCCGUUGUGUCGCUCGUGGUUGCACUCGCUGGCUCAAGUCUCCGGCAGCCCCAAAGCUACCGAGCAGCCUCUUGUAGACUUGGCGAGAUUGGUGGCGGACCAAUGCCGUUCGGACCUUGAGCUGACGUGCUGUCUAGAGCACGCCAGGUGGGUUUGUUUCUCAGAGUUGUUCUAUCUCAGUAUUGCUGGAGGCCCACCGCGUCCAACUACGGAUGUAUUUCGAGAUUACACGGACCUUACAUACUGUCGACUUGCGACGACAUACAUAGGUCAACUACGAAUACACUUACAUAUGUUACGAGCUUUAUCGUCUCGCCAUACCAUCACGCAGGA